CCGUAUUCGAUGUCGGCAUUCCCCGGCCUGUUCAUUCGGAUUUUCAUACAAGUGGAGUGCAUGAAGCUUACUUGUAGUAUCAUGUAUCGUCCACGCAUUUUUUACUCAGUCGCACUACGCUCAGCUGAUCACUUCUGCCCAUAAUUUUUUCCUUUCCUUUCGUUCCAAUGGAGACUGAGCUUCAUAGCUCUGGACGAUUUCUACGCUUCUUAGCUGUGAGCAGCGCCUAUUAAAUAAUUCCCAGUGUAGCGAGUGUUUGCUGGGCAUUGCCCAUUAGGUAGCCGCUAUGUCUUGCUGCGGUGGCUCCGAGGAGAAAAAGCGCAGUCGCGCUCUGGAAAAGGAGAUUCGGAGAGGGAAAAGGAAGCGAGUGCCGUACCUGCUACUUCUCGGUGCCGGCAAAUCCGGCAAGUCGACUUUCCUGAAGCAGAUGCGCAUCCUGCACUCGUCCGGUUUCACGCAGGUGGAGCGCGAGGCGGAAUACCGACCACUCAUCGCACAGAAUGUGAUUAUGUGUGUGAAGAGCUUGCAUCAGGGCAUGCUGCGUUUGGGUCUGAAGUACUAUGCAGUGCAGAAUGGACAGCUCGGUGAGGCUAUGGUUGACUACAAACCCGAAGGGUUCCUGCACGCGGAUCUAGCUGACCAGAUUGACACAUUCUGGCUUGAUCCCGGUGUUCAGGAGUGCUAUCGGCGGCAGCGCGAGUUCGGCUACGACUUGCCGGAUUCCACCAAGUAUUUCCUGGAUGCGACCAGGAGGCUUGGCGGCACGUCGUAUACACCAACAGACCAGGAUAUCAUUCAGAGCAGAGCACCCACGCUGAGCAUACAGGAGCUGGCAUUCACCAUGGACCGGAAGCAAAUCGCCAUCGUCGACGUCGGGGGACAGCCGUCGGAGCGACGGAAAUGGGUACAUCUCUUCGACGGUGUCCGUGGCGUGAUCUUUCUGACUGCCAUCAGCGAAUAUGACCAGGUGGAUCAGAAGACCGGUGAAAAUCUUCUUAAGCACAGUAUGGCGUUGAUGGGAACCCUGCUGUCUUCGCCAUUCUUCACAAGCAGCGGUUUCAUAGUGUUCAUGAACAAGAUGGACGUUUUUCAGGACAAGAUCAGCUAUGUGCCGCUACGGCACUACUUCAGCAGUUACCAUGGCCCGCAAGGAGAUUCCAAGGCCGCCGCCGAUUUCCUGGAGCACGAGUUCUGCGAGGUAGUGCCUGCGGGCACGGGUGGAUUCCCUCGGCGGCGCUCGCCGUCCAUUUCUGCAGCGAUGUCAUCGCUUCGCCGGGGUACCUCUUUGCACUCUGAGCAGUCGGACGAGCACCUCGUAUAUCUUCACCGCACCACGGCAACUAACACGGAGAACAUCCGCAACAUCUUCGAGGCCGUUCGCAAUAUAAUCCUAAUCAACUUGCUUGAAAACAUCGGUGUAACACCGUAGGCAUUGCUGGCGUCUAGUGUCCUUGGUGCUGUCGGCUGGUGCCAGGCUGGCGGCUCUCUUCCUACCCGUUGCCAGAGUAGCAGUGCGUAGAGCUAAAACCUGUGAGAGUAUGGACGGCAAAUGACUUCCGGUAGUACUUUCCCCGGGUUCAGUGUUCUAGAUCUGUUGUGGGGAAUGGACGACAGUUAGUCAAGUUUCUAAGGUGCAAUUCCCUCUUGAGCUGGCUUGAGUUGAUCAUCAGCAUGUGUUUCUUAUCUCCUCCAUGGCAGUACUGCGCAGUGUUACAGUAACGCAUGUUUUCAUGUGCGUACGCUGUGACUUUGUGCCAAGCCACAGUGGCGUGUGGUAACUCCCGAACCUCCAUGAAUGGCGCCAGCACCGGGAUUCUACUCAGGCCAAUUCGCAUACCGACGCCAUGCCGACAAAUCCAUGUGGCGUCACUCAGUGCCGUGCAUCUCUGCCCACUAGCCCAGGAAGAUCCGUAGUGAUCCCCGGAUCUGUUCAUGAAAUGGUUUUGAUUGAAACUGCUGUACCUCUGCAUCAUCACGGUCGGACCCAUCAGAUGAUAUGGGUGUGCUGAACUUCGGUCAGCCACAUCUAGGGCACGCCCCAGCCCGGCCGGUUUUACUAGUUAUGGGCAUUGGUUCGUAGCUCAGCUUGAAUGAGUUGCCCCACUACAAUACCUAUAGCCUUUUCCAUGUUAUCUUGAUAGCGGCAUGGCACUGCAUGGUGUACUGUACAGUAUACAUGUAGGUGCCGGCUUAAAAACCUUCUUUGCCAUAAUUUAUGAGCGGCCGGUGGCCUCCGCCAUGCAUUGGCUAAGCCUGUUGGCCAGUCUGACCUGUUUUUCAAAUCACUCCGAUACUGUGGCGGUGAAAUCACAUCGCCACGCUCACUACAAUAUUGAAAUACAACUCGGGAACUUGCAACACAUCAUCAGUGGACUUCUGAAGUCUUUUCCGGCUCCGCGUGAUAUUUUAAUCGUUUAUAGCUUAGCUGACCGCUGUGUCAAACUCGCAACUCAGAUUUGUCCUGUUGGCUGUUACCAUUGAAAGCCAUGGCUAUUGAUAGGGCCAUGCUAGCUUGUAGUUGCGAUUGUCUCUUUCUAUUUCUGGUUGGAAAAUUAAGAACUGAAAUUUAUUCCAUUUGGCAACUAAUCAUAGCUACUCCAUGUAUUCCCAACUAAACAAAAAGUUAACCUUUCGUGAAAA